AUGACAUUGAAAAUGAGGCGAUUGGGUUUCCACAUAAGAACAUUUCUUUUGUUGGUGUGGACGGUGGCACGUAAAGGCGACGGCUACAGCUGUCCAUACGGUCAGAAAUGUGUAUAUGAACCUGCGCCACCUGGACGCGCACCCGCAUGCGCACAACCAGGCCUCACGUACUGCCUCUACCCAGAACCGUAUCCCGAACAAAUCAUCCGACAACUUAUAGAAGCCGGACAAUAUGAUAUACGGACACUGCUCUCAGACGAGAGCCGUGACGAGUUCAACGCUAACCGGAAACCGGAGUAUCCGUACGCUUACGGACCCAACUCUAUACCACACGUCGACCAAAUAUCCCUGGUCAACGACCCUCUGUACCCUAAAGACUAUAACACUAAGUACCACACCAGGUACAAUCAUGACAUCUUCACUCAGAAGACGCCACUGCAACCCCCGUCUCCGGUCGACCCUACCCCCUACAAUAUCAACACGUACCAAUCAUCGAACUUCUCCAAAUUCGGUUUCCAAGGUUUCGAAACCGGCAGCAACUAUUGGAACCCUGGACUGAACCAAUACGACAACGAAUAUGACAAGAAACUUUACAGACAGAACAGUGGAUCAAACGUUGGUACAAAUGUUGGUUACAACCCGAAUUAUUAUAAUUCUGGUAACGAAGGAUACCAUUACGAUGCACCUGCACCUGAUUGGUACCGCCAAGCGUCCGCUGGAGUCACACAGUAUAAUGCCAAUCAGUGGUGGAAGUACAUAACGCCAUCUCGUUCAGACGUGACACUGGAGCGGUCCGUGACUUUCCCGACUCGGACGUCAACUGUGCAUCACUCCCGACGGCGUCGGAAUGCUGAACUCGUCCGAGAGGCAUCCAAGAGGACUCUCACUGGAGCCGAGGCCCUGAGGAUCGCCUUAGGUUUAGCUAGUGCAGAGACCUCAGCAGAACGCACGCGCCGCCAAGCGGCGAGCGGCGGAGAACUCUGUCAGAUACGUACAGAAUACAUCACGCCGCGCGCCGCGCUCAACAACAAAGGCAACUGGCGGUACGUCGUUAACAUGCCUGACAACAUGACGCAGCUUGUAAAAGCUGAGAUUUGCGCAUCGUCUCAAUGCAGUGGACUUUGUACGGUACCGCCAGGAUAUACUUCACGUUGUGAACAAAAAUACAUACAAAAACGUUUAGUUGCAUUGGGUUCGAGCGGUGACAACCUUUACACAGAUUUAUUUUGGAUACCGAGCUGUUGCCAAUGUAGUAUAAUAGCUAAUAAUUAA